GAUCAGUUUAUAUGUAACACCAAACACUGUUAAAGUGUGCACGUGUCGCACUUUUCGCCAUUUAAAUCAAAAAUCCACAAACUGAGGCAAAAUGGUGGGGAAAAUUAAACGCACACGACAAAAACUUCAUCACGGCGCCGUAAAACUAGAAAAUGAAAACGAGAAACGACAAACGUUGAGGAAUCUGGAGAAAGCGCCGAUACCAUCGACACACGUGCAGAACAGUGAACUCACAAAAACAGAUUCAACGCAGAACAAAAUAAACCGAUCUGACAGCAAUACAACCAACAAUGCAAAGGCUUUUAAUUUUCCCAGUGGAGUUUUUGCUGGGACAAAAAUCUCUCCGGAGUCUUUAGUUCAAACUCUGAAGUUUGAUGAACCGUCAAAUGUGACCGUAAACAAACAGCCAGCAGGUGAACAGAAAGGUUCAGGAGAUAAAAAACAACAAUCAAAGAAAUUAAAAAUGAAGGAACGUAGAGAGAGAUGGCUUAACAAGAUCAGUUCGAUAAAACUGGAGCGUGAACAGAAGGUGGCACAAGCACGGAGGAAAGCCACGCCCGUCGUGGGGGACAUGAGGCUGCUGGCAGAUGCCCUUCCUGAACUCUCCCAGCUCCUUCCAUCCCUAAAAACUCUUGCUGGCUCACACCGGAAAAAUAAAGGUUUGGUUAAGAAGAAGCCGGAACCUACAGACUUCGGCCUGAUGAAACCAGCGCAGAAACGAAAGCUACUUGAGACCGAGAUAUCUCACUUCAGUGAAGCCAUGAAAAACCCAACCUUCAAGACCAACCCCUUGGCUGCGAUUGGCGAACAUUUACGCAAAAGACUCAAACAAGAAGACGAACAGAGUUAACUCAACUCGUGAGCGCCCUCCUACGGUUGGAAUAGAAAAACUGUAUCUCGUAUAUUGUAAUUGUAAUUGUGGUAUACCUAAACAAACAAGGACGAGCUGCACUGGUAGAAGUUGCCGUAUUUCUUUAUUAUUAAAAAAUGAAAACCAAGAAAUGUUCUGGCACUACAUAAACACUAUGGAAAACAUAACCUAAUGAAUUUAUUGCAGUUUGAGUAUAAUUUAAUAAACAAGUCUUCAGUGUUGAAUGAA